UGUGAGGAAGCCGAAGACAUGGCGCUGCGCAUAGGACGUGCUGCUUACAGAAGACAAUCUGUGCUGGGGAUAAGUCGUGUGCUUUUGUCUGCGGUUCCUGGGUGUCAGUCUAGCCAGCGUUCCCACCAUGCUUCUGGCACCACUCUGAAAUACAUACCACGCCGUGCCGUGUUGUACGUUCCAGGCAACGAUGAGAGAAAACUCCAAAAACUGGCUUCAUUGGAUGUGGACUGCGCCGUUCUCGACUGCGAGGAUGGAGUCGCCCUCAACAAGAAGGAUGCAGCUCGAGGAACCAUCCCAAAGAUGCUGGCAGAGCUGGAUCUGGGACGUACGGAGAAGUGUGUACGGGUGAACUCUGUGUCCAGUGGCCUGGCUGAAGCCGACAUGGAGGUUAUUCUGCAGUCGGAGGUUCUGCCCACAGCUCUCAUGCUGCCAAAGUUGGAGGACACAGGAGAGGUGCAGUGGUUUGUUGACAGGUUUCAGCUGUACUUAAAAGGCAGAGAGCUUGAGGAACCCAUCCGUUUGGUCACCUUUGUGGAAACUGCUGUGGGUCUGCUGAAUUUUAAGGCAGUGUGUGAAGCACUUCGAGAUCUUGGGCCAAAGGCAGGUUUUCAUCAUGACGGAGUUGUCUUCGGGUCAGAUGACUUCUGUGCCAGUAUAGGAGCCACACGCACUAAAGAUGCUAAAGAACUCCUGUAUGCCCGGCAGAAAGUGGUGGUCACCACCAAAGCGUUCGGCCUCCAGGCGAUCGACCUUGUUUACAUUGACUAUAAGGAUGUGGAAGGACUGAGACAGCAGGCCAGAGAGGGCGCACUCAUGGGCUUCACCGGAAAGCAGGUGAUUCACCCAAACCAAAUCAAGGCUGUUCAAGAAGAAUUUGCCCCAAGUCCCGAGCGAAUUAAGUGGGCCACGGAGCUGAUCGCUGCCUUCGAGGAGCACCAGAAGUUGGGAAAGGGGGCUUUCACCUUUCAUGGCAGUAUGAUUGACAUGCCAUCUCUGAAGCAGGCUCAGAACAUUGUCACGAUGGCUUCAACUGUUCAGGGAAAGUGAGCCAAACCUGAGCUCCUCAGACAUCAAAAUCUGCACCAUGCUGGCCGUGCCGUGCACUUUACGUCAAGAGCCAAAACCAUCUAUGCGUUGUCUAACUAGCAACAGAAAUGAUGUGCUAUGGGAUAUAUUUUGCGUAGAUUUCAGAUUAGUUGAUUGAUUGUUUAAAUUUCUGGUUCAUUCAUUAUCAUUUCACACAUUAUUUUGUGUGUGUGUGUCUUCGUAUGCAUGUGUGAUGCCGCCCCCUGCAUCUCUGAUGUCAGGGCAGGCGAUUGGCCGUGGUAAAGGUUGAGCUUGCCUAGCGAAAGGCCAAACAAACAGAGCUGCCCUGCCGUUGAGCUUCCAUUCAGCCUAAAGGCUCCUCCAGGCCCCGGCACAUCAAAGUGCCCUUUGCCAAGAAGCCGCCGCAAAUUUGCUAAAACCAACAUUGAGAGAAUGAGCCCGUGAGCCUGUUCUAAAUUGUAGGCCUUUGUUUCAGGGGACUUAACAAGCCAGUUUAUUCUUCAAGACAAGGCUGAAUGUGUCUGCAGCCUGGCGUAAGCUCUGCAUGGUGUGCCACACGCUCUCUUGCAAACACGUACACAAAGGGCCCUGCGAGGGCUCCCUCUAUGUAAAUAUCAGCAUUUACCAGGGCUUUGUUACCCGGUCAGUGGUUCCCAUCUCUCCAUCCAGCUUCGAAGUGGUCGUGAACAUGGCCAAGCACUCAAAAGCCGAGCUGCCGUUGUCCAUUUCACCAGUGUUCCUCACACACACUUUGUCAAGAAUACUUCUUUUGAAAUAAAAACUCCAGGAUGUCAUUCCUAGUGAAUGACCAUCUAUUCACCCUCGA